AGUUGAGGCGCAGAGGGAAGCUGUAGUGGGAGUGUACGAGGAUUCGCUUUGGUAAACCUUGUUCCCUGUUCCUUGUCCUCGGUUCCCUGGUUCGACGUCGCCUUUCAGGGUGUCUUCGUUGCUUUUUCCUUAGCUGUCCUCCUCCCCCUUACUCUUUUGAGUCGGUUCUCUGCUUGGUCCUCCAAAGAACCAUUGACCCCGGAGCGGCCCAUGUGCGACCUCGGUACAUUUAAAGUUGAAGUUUGCUGCUAAAGAUGGCAGAUCCAGAUGUCCUCACUGAGGUUCCUGCAGCACUGAAGCGGUUGGCCAAGUAUGUGAUCCGGGGGUUUUAUGGCAUCGAGCAUGCUUUGGCCUUGGACAUCUUGAUCCGAAACCCCUGUGUGAAAGAGGAGGACAUGCUGGAGCUGCUCAAGUUCGAUCGGAAGCAACUUAGAUCAGUCUUGAAUAAUUUAAAGGGAGACAAAUUCAUCAAAUGCAGAAUGAGGGUAGAGACUGCUGCAGAUGGGAAAACCACUCGUCAUAACUACUACUUUAUCAAUUAUCGUACUCUUGUUAAUGUGGUAAAAUAUAAAUUGGACCACAUGAGGAGGAGAAUUGAAACCGAUGAGAGAGAUUCCACCAACCGGGCUUCCUUCAAAUGUCCUGUCUGUAGUAGUACUUUUACAGACUUAGAAGCUAAUCAGCUCUUUGAUCCCAUGACAGGAACUUUCCGCUGUACUUUUUGCCAUACAGAGGUAGAAGAAGAUGAAUCAGCAAUGCCCAAAAAAGAUGCACGCACACUUUUGGCAAGGUUUAAUGAACAAAUUGAGCCCAUUUAUGCUUUGCUUCGGGAGACAGAGGAUGUGAACUUGGCCUAUGAAAUACUUGAACCAGAACCCACAGAAAUACCAGCCUUAAAACAGAGCAAGGACCGUGCAGCAACUACUGCUGGAGCUGCUGGCCUGGCAGGUGGGCACCAUCGGGAAGCAUGGGCCACCAAGGGCCCCUCUUAUGAGGACUUAUACACUCAGAAUGUUGUCAUUAACAUGGAUGACCAAGAAGAUCUUCACCGAGCCUCGCUGGAGGGGAAAUCUGCCAAGGAGAGACCUAUUUGGCUAAGAGAGAGCACUGUCCAAGGGGCUUAUACCUCUGAAGAGAUGAAGGAAGGUGGCAUAGAUAUAGACUCAUUUCAGGAGCGUGAGGAAGGCCGUGCAGGGCCAGAUGACAAUGAGGAAGUCAUGCGAGCACUGCUCAUUCAUGAGAAGAAGACCCCCUCUGCCGUAGCAGGCUCAGUGGGGGCGGCUGCUCCUGUGACCACUGCCAAUGGUAGUGACUCUGAGAGUGAGACCAGUGAGUCAGAUGACGACUCCCCACCCCGACCGGCAGCUGUGGCUGCACAUCAUGGGGAAGAGGAUGAGGAGGAUGAUGAAUUUGAGGAAGUAGCAGAUGACCCCAUUGUCAUGGUGGCUGGCCGUCCGUUCUCCUACAGCGAAGUGAGCCAGAAGCCAGAGCUGGUGGCCCAGAUGACACCAGAGGAGAAGGAAGCAUACAUAGCAAUGGGACAGCGCAUGUUUGAGGACCUCUUUGAGUGAGCUUUCCCUCCUUUUCCUCCUUUCUCUAAUGCUCAUUUCAAAAAAAAAUUCCCUACCUUUGAAGAAAACUAUUUAAGUGGCUUUCUGUCCCUCUUGAUGUAAAGCAGCUUUUAAUCUUGCACAAAGAAUGAUGGGAAAGUUUGAUUUUUAUGCCAGAAACUUCCCCACAAGGUAGGUUGGCUAUAAGCAUUCCCUUCCCUAUUACUACAGUGUUAAUAUUUUGCUGUAUUUCCUUAUCUAAUCUUUUUCCUUUCCUUCUGAAAUAAAUGUGUGGAGUCUAUAAAGUAAAUUCUUCCUAUCUGCUUGUAGAAGCCCACUAUGACAUGUUACAGCAAUUCACUGAUCACCUCCUUUUUAUCUAUUCUGACCAAGCAUUCCAAACAGCUCCUGAUAUUGCUACCAAUCAAGCAACUUGUCAACAGGCAAAUCAUUGAUGAAGGAAAAAAAAAUCUUAAAACUUCAUGUUGCCUCACGAUCGAGGAUGGAGUCAAUGCUUAAGGGGAGGUGGGAGUGUAUGUGGAAGAGGGACGGCUCUGUCUAAAUCUCUUGAUGUUAUCUAAACAAAAAUUUGUGUCCUUAGAAGUGACUUUACUGAGAGAUUCUAUUAGUUUGCUAAAUGCCUUUUGGUUUGUAUAAGGGAUAAUAGAAAACAGAAAGUGUGUUUGGUAAGCCCUUAGGAAGAAAUUAGAGAAAAAACAUGCACUUAGGAUAAAGAGUCCAUGUAAAGGGUUGAAGAGUGAGGAGCCUUGGGAACAGUACCUUUUAGAAUUGCCUGAGUUUGUGCUGAAUCCUUAUGUAAAACUGAGACCAGUACCCUGCUUUUUCCAUUCUUUCACAGUGCUAUAACUUGUUUAGAGGCCAUUCCAGUAGGAAUCAGCAUAUAACAGUUGAUUACUCCUCUCUCUCUCUUUUUUUUUUUGUUCCUCUCAACAUCAUUGAAGACCUUCUUUGUCUCUCUUGAGUCUUGUCAGGCAUGGUAUUUUAGAGUGCAUCCAGUAUAUUGUCACCUCAAGGAAAAUAGUUUAUUUUUGUUUCUGAUAUGUAGCAUGGUAUUAUUCCCUAAGGCAGAACUUUAAAGAUCUUUCAUACAAGGGUCUAUAACUAUUGUAUUUUUUGUAAUAUUUUCCCUUGCAUUGUAAUUUUUAAGUAUUUAUCAUUUUAUAGUACAUGUGUAAAAUUAAGAUAGAUUUUAGAACAUCUGAGCCUUGUAUAAAGUAAUGUUUCAUUUACCUGGGUUGUAUUACUGACUAUUACAAUAAAUCUAUUUUAUACUGACUGAAAUUCAUUAAUUUCUAGCUCUGUAAUAUCUUGGAGCAUAAUUAAAAUUAAUACUCUUCCCAUUUUAAAAAAGUGUUUCAGAAUUUUUUCUCUUACUGGUCAAGUAGAUGCAAACUAUAUGUGGUCUAAACUUUAUCUGGCAGUAAGUUGCUUUAAGAAUGACUUUUAUGUAUGUACCUUGUGCAGAUGGGGCUAUUAAACAUUGUUUUCUGAACAUUUCAUAAUAUAGAAAUAAGUUCAUUAAAUAGUAAUCAGAUGUUAAGUUUUAAAAUGUAGUUGCAGAUGAACUAUCUGCUCUUCAAUGACUACACGUUUUGUAGUAUUUUUUUCUUGAAUUUAACUUGUUCUGUUUCCUAAAGCUACUAUUCUAUUUUUCUUCUCUUAAUAUCUACCAACUUCUUAGACUCAUGUAGACUAGUUUCAGACUUCUUUCAUCUUCCUCUUGUAGUCUGGCCUAUGUCCUAUUAUUACACUGAAACAGCUUUCUCCUGUCCUAAUUGUCCAGCCUAACAGCCCUUUAUUUCUCAUUAUCUGUGGAUUCUCUUCAGUCUUUGAUGAAAAAUGUUUCAUUUGGUAUCCUCACCAUUAUACUGUCCAGGUUCUCCUUACUUCAGGAAGCCUUCCUUCUUCCCUGACUUCACCUCUUCUCCGUACCACCUGUACCAACUGUCACAGAACCAUAGACACAUCUGUGUAGCAGAUCUUUACUGAAGUUUUUGGAGUAAUGGGCAGGAGUCUGGCAGUGAAGAGUCAAGGAAUAUGAGUGGAUCAUAUUCAUUCUUGUUUAAAGAGUAUCUCCACCAUUCUCACAUUUCACCCCAAGUAGAUUCCUACCUUCCUUGAAAAAUUUCAGCUUCCUUUUUCCUUCUCUUCAUCACUCUUUUAUUUCCAAAGGCCUUGGAAAAUUAUAAAUGUAUUGGAGAAAAUAACUUCUUUUAUUCCUAUUCCAGGUGGCCUUGAAAGAUCCCAUCAUAUCCAAAGUAGUCUAUCGAGAUGUUUCCCUAACCAGGGAACCACUUUCCCACCACUAAGAGCCAGCAUAGGAAGUUAACUGUGGCUGUCAAAGGAACUUUUUCUCCUCUCACUGCAGUAAAAAAAUAUUACUUAUAUACUUUGCCAAAACUAAGGUGAUGAGUAAACAACUCGGGACCUAGGUGAUCCCUAGCCUUGUAUCUGGUGGAAAACUGCUUUCAUUCUAUCUGUCCUUUAAGUUGAAGCCUUUUCUUAUUUAUAUGCCCCCCUUCUCCCCAAAACACCUUAAGGAGCAUUAACUUUAAAUGAUAAAAAGACGAUAUCCAGUUUGGCAUAGCCUGGAAGUCAGGAGACUAGGUUCUAGUCCCAGCUCCAGUUAAUUAGAUACUUGGCCCUGUGACACCAUUAUCUGAUGUAAUUGUUAGGGCUAGUUUUUAGCUGUCAAUAAUGAAAGGGUUAUGCUAUGAUAAUCCUUUAUUAUCCUUUGAUCACCAAUGAUUCCUUUCUGCUCUGAUAUUUUAUGGAGGUAAGUGGUAGGUAAUACAUUUUAAAAUGAGGCUAAAUAAUAACAAAACAACAAAAAGUCUUCUGAUUUGCUACAGCAAUUCAAACAGUUGAAGGAUAUUUUAAUUGAGGGACAAGUGUUGGUGGCUGGUGUAGGAUUUAGGGUAUAAAAAACCAGAGCAUAAAUUUGUUUCUCUUUUCCUAUCUUGCUGAGGUACUUCAUUUCUAAUCUCAUUGAGGAAGAAAUAAUUAAAUAUUUCAUAACUCUUUUUGGUAUUGUUUUGAGAGAAUUAGACACUGAAUGGGAACAAGAUUGGGAAGAGCAGUUCAUUUUCUUUCUACCAGUUGGCUAUAUGGCAAGAUUCCCAGCCAGGACCACAAUAGAAAGACUUACGUAUGUACUGUCUUAUUUUCUUUAUUCCUGAGUUUUAAAAAGUAACUAGGAAAUGACAAUAAAAAAAAAACAUAUGAAAAUCUGUAGAAUAUAGAAAUUGGUAUAAUUCCACCUUCUAUUUAUUCAGCACUUUGUUUCCACCAAAGCUGUUUCACAUGUGCUACCUCUAGCAGAGCUGGGCUAUGAUCAUUUUGUAUUUUAAAUAUCUAACACUCUCUUGGGGAAAUGAAAAGAUUUUGAAAAGGAAUGGAACUGUGACACCUAAUUUAUUGUCUUUUUUUGUUGGCUUUUUCUAUUAUAAAAGCAAAAUAAACUGUGAACAAGAUUAGUACAGGUAUUCUUCAAACAUGAUAAGCCAGAUGGGUUGAGAAGGGGUAAGAGUCAUGAAGUUUUACUUCUUCCUUUGAAGAGCUAAAAGAAUAAACUAAUGCUGGUGUGCCUUCAAGGGAAGGAACAGAUACCUUAGUUUGUCUUCGGAAAGAGCUUCCUGUCCUCGUGAAUACCAGAGGCUGUCUUUCCUGUUCUAGUUGCAAAGCAGAUAGGUCUAGUACCACACCCAGUUUGAACAAUCAACCCACCUUUCCCAACACAAGAAAGAGCAUUAUUGCCUACCUAAGUCUGAGAAAUUAGUCUGGAAAUAAAGGUUGAUGCCAGGUCCUAAGGUGCUUUAAAUCAUGUUAAGGUGUACUCUAUAGUCGUACAGUUUGUUAUUGUUAUAUAUAUAUAUUAUUUUAAAAUUCAUCCAAUAAUAUAAUAUAUAUGUGUGUGUGUGUGUAUAUAUAUAUUUUUUUUUUUUUUUUUUUUUCUUUUUAGGGCCACACCCACAGCAUAUGGAGGUUCCCAGGCUGGGGUCCAAUCAGAGCUACAGCUGCCGGCCUACACCACAGCCACAGCAACACUGGAUCCUUUGAUAGCCAAUCAAAGGACGUGUCCAUUUUAAACUGCUAGAUAUUGCCAAAUUACUCUUCAAAAAAUGUUUUGAAGAAUUUUAAUUAGGGGAACAAUUUGUAGCACUGAUUUGGGGUUGGAAUUUAAACCUGGAGAUUAUUAAGGUGCUUUUAACAGUCUCAGUGAGUAAUUGGUCUAAAGACAUGACGAAGUCAGUGGAGAUAGAAAGGAGGGGACAGGAGUUCCCGUCGUGGCGCAGUGGUUAACGAAUCCGACUAGGAGCCAUGAGGUUGCGGGUUCGAUCCCUGCCCUUGCUCAGUGGGUUAACGAUCCGGCGUUGCCGUGAGCUGUGGUAUAGGUUGCAGACGCGGCUCGGAUCCCGCGUUGCUGUGGCUCUGGUGUAGGCCGGUGGCUACAGCUCUGAUUCAACCCCUAGCCUGGGAACCUUCACAUGCCGCAGGAGCGGCCCAAGAAAUAGCAACAACAACAACAAAAAGACAAAAGACAAAAAAAAAAAAAAAAAAAGAAAGAAAGAAAGAAAGGAGGGGACAGAUUUAAGAAACUUUGGGGAAGUGGAAUUAAUGGAUUUGGUGACUGGAUCCGGCACUGCCUUGGAUGAAGCUUAGGUUUCUGAUUGUUCUGGUUGUUCCAUUUAUCAAGAUUAGAAAUAUGAAAAGAGGAGCAGGGUUUGCUCCUGUUUCAGCUGCCCCUCUCAGUAAAUGGCACCCCCAUUUCACCUACAUGCUCACUCCGAAAAUCUAGUAGUAGGUCAUCCUUUCUUUUUUUUUGUCCCACAUCCAAUUAAUCAGCAGAUCCUUUCAGACUCAAAAUAUAAUCCAAUUUUUUCCUUUUUUUCUUGUUUUGUCUUUUUAGAGCUACAUACGUGGCAUAUGGAAGUUCCCAGGCUAAGGACUGAAUUAGAGCCUUGGCUGCCAGCCUACGCCAGAGCCACAGCAACACCUGAUCUGAGCCAUGUCUGUGACCUGCACCACCAUUCAUGGCAACACCGGAUCCUUAACCCACUGAGCGAGGCCAGGGGUCAAAACCACAACCUCAUGGUUCCUAGUCGGAUUUGUUCACCACUGAGCCACAAUGGAAACUCGAAGAAUGUAAAAUAUUUUAUUUUUUAUUUUUUUUGCUCUUUAGGGCCUCACCUUGGCAUAUGGAAGUUCCCAGGCUAGGGGUUUGAAUCAGAGCUACAGCUGCUGGCCUGUGCCACAGCCACAGCAACGUGGGAUCUGUCUGCAACCUACACCACAGUUUAUGGCAACGCUGGAUCCUUAACCCACUGAGCGAGGCCAGGGAUUGAACCCAUAUCCUCAUGAUUCAUUUCUGCUGACAGGAACUCCCUUAAUUUUUAUAUUGAUCACAUGUUGAAAAGAUAGUAUGGUAGAUACAUUGAGUUAAAGGAAAUGUUCUGUUAAAGGUAAUUUCACCUCUUUUUAUAUGGCUCUUAGAAAAUUUUAAAUUGCAGAUAUUGCUCACAUUUCUAGCUUGCAUUAUAUUUCUAUUGAACAGCACUGGUCUAGGACAUUUUCUUCAGGUGCCAGAAUUGUGUGUUAUACUUAGGGAUUAUUUGCAUGGUCCUCAUAUACAAGUUUUUGACUUGAAUGUUGUGCCUAUUCUCUUCUUCUCCCUCAUCCUCUACCAGAUAGGAAGGCUUUGUUUGUUUAUAGGCUCUUUCCCUAGGGCAUAAUAACAGAUUUUGCUUCUGGUUUAAUUUUUCCUCUUUUAGGGGUGGGAAUGAUUGGGGUGAGGGGAUUUGUUUGUUUUUUGCUUGUAUUUUUUCUGAAGUAGGAUGAAGUGUAGGGAUGAUGGCAGCAAUGAUGUUACGAACUGAGAAAUUUUUUGACAACUGAGGCCAAUAUUGUGAUGUUGAAAGUGCUGCUGACUGCUGGGUAACUGAGGUACCUGAGCACCUGCAAAACCACGCCAGAGAUGGAGAAGCUAAGAGCCAGUGCUAAAUCAUAGGAGAUUUGGAAGCCGCAUAUGUUUCUCUGUAUGCAUGAUAUUAUCAGGCUAGUGUAUGUGAGAUUGCUCGUGUGUUCAUUGUCUGUCUCUCUUCCUGCUAGAAUGUAAGCUCCAAGAGGGCAGAGACUUUAUCUUCCUUGCUCACUGCAGUAUUUUGGCUCAUAUCCAUGGCUCAAUGCCUGGCACAUAGUAAGUUGUCAUCAAUGCAUAUUGAAUGAAUAAACAAUUAUGCUUAUUUGGACCAGGAGUAAACCAUA